AUGGCCGCCGCAGCACCGCCUCGCCCAUACCGGCGCAUCUUGACCUCUGCGCUGCACAGAAGGUUUGUUCACGCUUCUGCGCUGGCGCUGCUGGUCUGCUAUAUCGUGGCAUUUUCCAUUGGGGACAAGUCAUCCUUCUUAUGGGCUUGGUUUCCAAUUGGAGGAUGUGGCAUUCGCACCGUCCUUCUCUUCCUUUGCAGUCUUGUCGUGUUCGUUCUCCGUGUUGGUCAGAUGCACAUCGGCUCGAGGACGACUGCUUCACCGACCGGCACCCUCAAGUAUCUCGUUCCCCUCGACAUCAUCCAAACUUUCGGCUGGUACAUUUUCUCCGCGUGGUGGUUCAAUGAAAUCUACAGGUGGUCUUCUCCUGCUAGUGCUCACCUGGAGUGGGUGAACAGAGCUAAGCCACACGAGCGAGCGAGCCUGAACGAACGAGCGAUCUACCUGUAUACCUACAACUUUCUCCUAGCCGCUGCGCAGUCGGUCGUCCACCUUUACUACGACUAUGACCGUGUCCCUCUCCCCGUUGCCAACCGGAUCCCUGGUCAAGAGACUCAGCACGUGCAGUCGAUCUCGAAGCGCAUCCAAACGACCCUGCCACAAACCAUCAAAGAUGGCGUGAGACAAAGUACCCUGGUCGCCCUGAUCUGCCCGGUAGCCUACACCUUCUUCCUUCGUCGCCCGGCCUGGAGCAUCACCCUCUAUUUCGCAAAGCUGUUCUGGGAUUUCCCUCGGUCUGCCGCCGACCCCCCAGGCCUUAUCCCACCAAUUGGUCCCGGAAUCUUCACUCGUACCGUGGUUUCGGGAGGACUGCUAGUCAUCUGCUGGCAGACGGCCAACCUGUUCUUCUCCGUCUUCCUCAGCAAAGAGCCCCUCAAGCGAGGCCAGCCAUUGACGGCCGAGGCCAAGGACCCCAACGGCAGCCUGUUGAACGGCCUGAAGGCGAAGAAGGAAACCGUGCGCGCAUUUGCGUUCUGGGAGCUAUGCUUCAUCAGCCAGCAAUUCCCUGACCGGCGGAAGGCCAUCUUCAACGACAUCGAUCGCGAAGAAGGACCGGCUUGGUCGCAGAUCCUCCAAGCCGCCACCGAGGUGAUCACCGGCAUCACCACCCGAAUCAGCGAGGCAAAGAACCCAUCAUCAGGCCCGAAGCCCGCGCCUGUCGAACAAUCCCAGCCCGUCCUUCACACCCUGCCCCGGCUGGCGGAUCCCCUCAAGCAAGACAACAUCUUCGCGCCAUCCCCCCAGGCCAGCUCCCGGCAGGAGAAAUUCGGCGAGGCCUUCAGCACCACCGCCAGAUCCUAUGGAAACUCCGCCGACUGGACCCCGACCGCGCGCGCCAAGGCCCGCGAUGUCUUCGACCGCGCAUCCUCCGCCAUGCUGAGCCCCGAGCGCAAGCAGAGACUCCUCAGUUCCUCGCAGGAGCUGAAGAUGCUCACCGCCCCCUCCACCAGCAAGCCCGAGAACCUCCACCCCUUCCUCGUCCAGAUCCUCCGCUCGCCCCUCGGCCGCCUCGUCCGCCAAACCUACGCCCGUCGCCUCUCCGGCAUCGUCCUGGGCACUCCCCACGCCAAUAUCUGUUCCGUCGUCAGCGCCAUCGAGGCCCUCACCUGCCUUCUCGUCAGGAGUCUCGACGAAGACCAGUUCGGCAAAGUCCAGGCCGACGUCCCCGCCGUCGUCCGUCUCCUGACCGAUACCAUCAUGACCCUCGAACCCUUCAUCCACGGCGGCCUCGACGCCCACUGGACAGACGUCAACUUCCCCCCCUCCUCCAACCCCGAAGCCCAGGCCCUCGCCCGUCGUGUCCCCGACGUCGACCUCGUCUUGCAUACCCUGAAGUCCUCUCUCAAGGACCUUCUUUCUUCUUUCAACCCCUACCUCAAGAACAUUGGUCUGGUCGGCAAGGACCUCCGAUUGGCCAAGGAAGCCGCCGGCAUAACAGACGAUGAUCAGAUUUAA